GCCUCGCGGAGCCCCGGACGCCUGGGUUCGCUUGGAGAGUCCAGGGUGGUUUGGACCGGCUUCCCUCCUCUCCCUCGAGCUCUGGCUUCUGAAUGCGUAGAAUGACAUCGCUGCCAUGGGGAGACGUGUACAUUAUGAAUUCCGAGUGUAUCGUAUAGACGUGUGGAAGAGAUUCGUGCAAAGGCAGGGAAAUCGCGUGACGGGGCUCUGGCGGACCAGGAAGGGAACUGAGCCUGGAACGGGAUGGCCAAAACCACCAUCUACGGAGCAGCACCCCAAGAUGACCACCCUGCUAAGGCGGUUGCCAACGGGACCUCCCCCUCCUCCAGCCAGCCUCCUGAGGAGACCAUGCAGCUAAAGAAGGAGAUCUCGCUCAUCAAUGGCAUCUGCUUGAUUGUGGGGAACAUGAUUGGUUCAGGCAUCUUCGUCUCGCCCAAGGGCGUGUUGGCCUGCAGCGACUCUUACGGUCUUUCGCUCGUCGUCUGGGCUGUGGGUGGCCUCUUCUCCGUUUUCGGGGCCCUGUGCUACGCUGAACUGGGCACCACCAUCAAAAAAUCCGGGGCCAGCUACGCCUACAUUCUGGAGGCCUUUGGACAGCUGCCAGCCUUCAUCCGCCUCUGGACCUCCCUCCUCAUCAUCGAACCCACCAGCCAGGCGAUCAUCGCCAUCACCUUUGCCAACUACCUGGUGCAGCCCUUCUUCCAGUCCUGCGAGGCUCCUUACCUGGCCGGUCGGCUCCUGGCCGCAGCCUGCAUCUGUAUACUCACUUUCGUGAACUGUGCCUAUGUGAGAUGGGGCACACGGGUGCAGGACCUGUCCACCUACGCCAAGGUGCUAGCCCUCAUUGCUGUGAUCAUUGCUGGCAUUGUUCGCCUUGCCCAAGGACAUUCGGAGAACUUUGCUGACUCUUUUGAAGGCUCCUCUUGGCAGGUCAGGAACAUCGCGCUGGCCCUCUACUCUGCCCUCUUCUCCUACUCUGGAUGGGACACCCUCAAUUUUGUUACGGAAGAAAUUAAGAAUCCUGAAAGGAACCUGCCCCUUGCCAUUGGUAUCUCCAUGCCGAUCGUCACCGUGAUUUACAUCAUGACCAACAUGGCCUACUACACCGUGCUGAGCAAGACGGAGAUACUGACAAGCGAUGCCGUUGCCGUGACCUUUGGCAAUCAAGUUUUCGGAGUCAUGCAAUGGACCAUCCCGCUCGCUGUGGCGUUAUCCUGCCUGGGAGGCCUGAAUGCUUCCAUCUUAGCAGCAUCCAGGUUGUUCUUUGUUGGUUCCCGUGAAGGGCACCUGCCUGAUGCCAUCUGUAUGAUCCAUGUUCAGCGGUUCACCCCGGUGCCAGCCCUGCUCUUUAAUGGAGCCAUGGCCUUGGUCUACCUCUGUGUGGAUGACAUUUUCCAGCUGAUCAAUUACUACAGCUUCAGCUAUUGGUUCUUCGUGGGCCUGUCCAUCGCAGGGCAGCUCUACCUUCGCUGGAAGGAGCCGUCGAGGGAACGCCCCCUGAAGCUCAGCAUCAUCUUCCCAGUUAUCUUCUGCCUCUGCACCAUCUUCCUGGUGGCCGUGCCCCUCUACACCGACUUCACCAAUUCUGCCAUUGGCAUUGCCAUCGCAGCUUCCGGGCUCCCCGUGUACUUCCUGAUAGUGCGGACGCCCGAGCAGAGGAGGCCGCAGUGCUUGCGCCGGGCGGUUGCCGGUGUGACCCGAUUCAUCCAAAUCGUGUCCUUGUCUGUCCUGACGGAGAUGGAUCCCAAGGAGGAAGUCAAGUCUCAGUGAUGGGAGAUGCCGUUGGUGGGGGAGGCUGGCUUCUCCCCUCUGCCCUCUCCUUUUGUAGUGCACACUUGUGUGACCUCUAAUUUAUUGUUUGCUACUUUGGUGGGCGUUGGGGUUGGCAGCAGCUGCUGCAGUGACUCAGGGACUCCUCCAUCUUUCCCUCCUGCCUCAACGCAGGAAGAGGGGACCUCUGGCACCUGCCAAGUCCCAAUAAACCCUCAGCGCAUUCCA